GAGUGUCUACAAAAGGAAAUUUAAGAAGAAGGUAUUUGCCAAAAUAUCAAAAAAGUGAAACUGAGCUAAAGGUGCCUGUAUCUGUGGCUUCUGUUUCCAUGGAUCCUGUUAGAAGCACAGGAGAUCUGACAGGGCAGCAGGUCACUAAUGACGGAGGAAUGAAGAGUGCUUCUUUAAAGGAUUUGUGUCCUGAGGACAAGAGACGCAUUGCAAACUUAAUUAAAGAACUUGCCAGGGUAAGUGAAGAAAAGGAGGUGACAGAAGAACGGCUGAAAGCUGAACAGGAGUCAUUUGAGAAGAAGAUCAGACAGCUAGAGGAACAGAAUGAACUUAUCAUCAAGGAAAGGGAAGAUAUCCUUUAA